AUGUCUAGCACUCCUGGUAACCAGUAAACUAAAAAAAAAAACUCUUUCAUUGAAUAGCUGAGCAUUUAUUCUUAUUUAACAUGACCAUAAUUUAAGUCUUCAGAUUUUUGUAGCUUUAUUUUAAAAUUGUGAAGCUGACUUCCUGUAUCAUCUGCCUGGCUUAACGCAGUGAGCCCGCUUGCUCAAUGCAGACGGUGUGACGUCAGCCAGAGUCGGUCAGCUGGCUCCUCCAUCUGAACAGCAGGGAGAGCCUCUCCCAUAGGGAGACAUCACCAUCAACGCCCGAGCCUGGCCAGCAGCGUCGGCCGCCCGCUGGAAGGGGGAACAAAACAUGGAGGAAACGAUGUCAUAGUGGCGGAUUAGGCAUCGGCGGGGAUCGGGAGCGUUAGAUUAUUUAUUUACCUAUUUAUUAAUUUAUUUAUUUCCCCUGCCAGCAAUGGCCGGGGUCCAUGGCUGCGGCUGCUGAGAGGCAGGUGCAAUAUCAUCGACGAAGGCAUUUCGUUCCUCGGCAUGGGCUCAACGAGGGCCGAUUCACAGGCUGGCCCGCUCCACACCCACUGCUCCCCGGAUCAGAUGCUCUCUGCGGGAGGAGAGCAGUAGCUGGGCCGCAAUACAACGGGCUGGUGGUGGAGGAGGAGGGGGCCCUCUUUACAUCAAAAUAUAAGAACCAGAAAUUUCAAGGUUAUGCGCCGCUACACACAGCAACAGUUCAGUGUCGUUCAGUGAAUCUGUGCUGUUGCAACAUGGCAUAAGUGUUUUCUUUAUUGGAGGAAAGACUGUGAUUGAAUGUCCCCCUCUUUCUGCGCUGAGCGGAUCCAAACCUUGUGACAGUCUCGCCUUACAGGCCCGAAUAACUGUUUGAGCGCAGCCUCAUCAUCUGGACAACAGAAGCCGGUUCCAGCUGCCAAGAUGAUGGAGCUGCAGAUAGACGAGGUGGUCUACCAGGACGACUACGGCUCCGGCUCCGUCAUGUCGGAGCGGGUGUCCGGUUUGGCCAACAGCAUCUACCGGGAGUUCGAGCGGCUGAUCCGCAGCUAUGACGAGGAGGUGGUGAAGGAGCUGAUGCCGCUGGUGGUGAACGUCUUGGAGAACCUGGACGCGGUGCUGACGGAGAACCAGGAGCACGAAGUGGAGCUGGAGCUGCUGAAGGAGGACAACGAGCAGCUCAUCACCCAGUACGAAAGGGAGAAAGCGCUUCGCAAGCAGGCGGAGGAGAAAUUCAUUGAAUUUGAGGAUGCGUUGGAAGCUGAGAAGAAGGACCUGCAGAUACAGGUGGAGUUUCUGGAGCUGCAGGCGAAACAGCAGGAACUCAAGACAAAGAACUAUUCUGACCAGAUCACUCGGUUGGAAGAACGAGAAUCAGACAUGAAGAAAGAGUACAAUGCUCUGCACCAGCGCCACACUGAGAUGAUCCAGACAUACGUCGAGCACAUAGAGCGGUCCAAAAUGCAGCAGGUGGGCAGCAACAGCCAAUCAGAAGGCCCCGGCUGUGGACGAACUCAACGCCACACAUGGAGGAAAAGCAGCAAAGCGGAGCGCCCGCCUUCAUUGAGCCUGUACCCCAGCGGCGAGGGCAUGGUACGUGGGGGUCUCGGGGGGGCUAGGAUGAUGCCCGGGAAAGACAUCUGGCAGGUCAGCGAGCUCGGCCAGUCCACCUUCUGCUCUGCCUAUCAGGAGGAUGGGUCAGAGUCAGACUCAGUGGCGGCCACACCCAGCAGCACAGGGAGCAAGUCCAACACACCCACCUCCUCCGUCCCCUCUGCCACUGUCACACCCAUCAACGAGGGCUUCCUCCCGCAAUCCGAGUUUGAUGGGAUGCGGGCUGGGAACCGCAGGAAAAGUGCCAAGCGGCUCAGCCGGAAUAUGGAGGUGCAGGUUUCCCAGGAAACCAGGAAUGUCAGCAUCGGUAUGGGAAGCAGUGAUGAGUGGUCCGAGUUUCAGGAGAUUUCAACCCCUGACCUGGACAUGUGUGUGGACCACCGUGUGUACGGAGGGGGAAAUAGUCCCUCCCAAGGCAUUGUGAACGAGGCCUUCGGCAUCAACACCGACUCACUCUACCACGAGAUCAAAGACGCCAAGUCGGACAUCAUCGGAGAUGUAGAUGCAGGCGCAGAGCUGCUAGGCGAGUUCUCAGUCCGUGAUGAUUUCUUCGGGAUGGGUAAGGAGGUGGAGAACCUGCUGACAGAGAACAAACAGCUCCUAGAGACCAAAAAUGCUCUCAACAUAGUGAAAAAUGACCUUAUUGCCAAAGUGGACGAGCUGUCGGGGGAGCAGGAGGUAUUGAGGGAGGAGCUGGAGGCUGUGAGGCAGUCCAAGAACAAGGUGGAUGCCCGAGUCAAGGAGCUGGAGGAAGAACUCAAGAGGUUAAGAGCAGAGGCUCUUGGUGCAUCUCGGGACUCCAAGGAUGAAGGAAGUGAUGAUUUUUCAUCACCCAUGCAGGACGGGGACAUGACGAUGACGCAGCGGCGGCGGUUCACCCGGGUAGAGAUGGCCCGCGUGCUGAUGGAGAGGAAUCAGUACAAGGAGAGACUGAUGGAGCUGCAGGAGGCCGUACGGUGGACAGAAAUGAUCAGGGCGUCUCGGGAGAGUCCUCAAAUCCAAGAGAAAAAGAAGUCCACCAUCUGGCAGUUCUUUGCACGUCUCUUCAGCUCAUCAUCCAGUCCUCCCCCUGUCAAGCGGCCGUACUACAGCGUCAACAUCCACUACAAGUCACCCUCGCCGGCUGGUUUCUCUCAGCGACGCAGCCACACCAUGUGUCAGAUCUCCACCUCCAACCGCACGCUGGAGUUCUUCCCUGAAGAACUGGCCAGUAACGGUGUUGCGUCUCUCCUCAGUGACUCGGCACUGUUGGCCCGCCGAGAGCAGCGGCGUGAACAGUACCGGCAGGUCCGCGAGCACAUGCGCCGCGAUGAUGGCAUCAUGCAGGCCUGUGGCUGGAGUGUGCCAUCUCGCUUCAAACAGACUGGUGGUCAGACGGACAGCGCUCAGGACAGCCCACUGAAGAGACAACAGACCACUAACGAGAAGGAGGACAACCGCAUGAAGAACGUGCCCGUCCCAGUGUACUGUCGUCCUCUGGUAGAGAAGGACCCCAACAGGAAGUUGUGGUGUGCAGCUGGGGUGGACCUGACAGGAUGGAAGGCCAGCAGCCUGGAGUCGGUACCAACCAAAGCAAUGCCAGGCAGCAGCGACCCCCUGCACGCUGAGGAGAAUGGAGCUGGGAAGAAGAGCAGCCACAACUCCCCAGAGAAGAGGAAGUCGAAGGAGCUCCAGGAAACGGACACCAUGAGCAGUCGAGUGUGGAUCCUUACCAGCACCCACUCUGCCAGCAAGGUGGUCAUCAUCGACGCCAACCAGCCGGGCUCACUGGUUGACCAGUUCAACGUCUGCAACGCCCACGUACUCUGCAUCUCCAGUGUGCCAGCUGCCAGUGAGAGCGACUAUCCAGCCGGAGAGAUCGUGUUAGAUCCCGGUGAUGGUGGAGCAGGGGGCGGGGGCGAGGACACUGGCAGCGUGGAGGGCAUGCUGGCUGGUAUCACUCUUGUCGGUUGUGCCACCAACUGCAGCGUUGCCCGUAGCAACUGCUCCUCACGCACUGACACGCCCAUAAUGGACAAAGGACAAGCCCCCACAGCUCCACCCAUGAAUGGGAAGAUUCACCCUGCCCAGUCGGCCGAGGAGGCCACAGAGGCCACUGAGGUUACUGAGUCAACAGCCAGCCAGGCAGGGCUGAGAUCUGGACCUCCAGGACCGUUUACUGAGCACGUCUUCACCGACCCUCAGCCUCGUCCAGCAGACGCCUCUGACAGGAGCACAGGUCAAUCCAAAGAGGAAACUUCUCAGCCUCCAGAGUCAGAGGACGGAGGUGAAGAGAGCAAGAACUACACCAGCGUGGCUCCCACUAUGUGGCUUGGGGCCCAGAACGGCUGGCUCUACGUCCACUCUGCAGUUGGAAACUGGAAGAAGUGCCUCCACUCCAUCAAACUCAAAGACUCUGUGCUCAGUCUGGUACAUGUGAAAGGUCGUGUGCUGGUUGCCCUCGCUGACGGGACCCUCGCCAUAUUCCAUAGAUCAGAAGAUGGCCAGUGGGAUUUGUCAAACUACCAUCUAAUGGACCUUGGUCGACCUCAUCACUCCAUCCGCUGCAUGGCUGUGGUCCAUGACAAGGUUUGGUGCGGCUACAAGAACAAGAUCCACGUCAUCCAGCCCAAGAGCAUGCAGAUCGAGAAGUCCUUCGACGCCCAUCCUCGCAGGGAGAGUCAGGUGCGGCAGCUAGCAUGGAUCGGUGAUGGUGUCUGGGUGUCGAUCCGGCUCGACUCGACCUUGCGUCUCUACCAUGCACACACACACCAGCACCUCCAGGAUGUUGAUAUUGAGCCGUAUGUCAGCAAGAUGCUGGGUACUGGCAAGCUGGGCUUCUCUUUUGUGCGAAUCACAGCACUUCUGAUUGGUGGAAAUCGUCUCUGGGUAGGAACUGGAAACGGCGUGAUCAUCUCCAUCCCUUUAACAGAGACGGUGGUCCUUCACCGGGGACAACUCCUUGGUUUGAGGGCCAAUAAGGUGUCUCCUACAUCGUCUGGCGGAGUGAUCCAUGUGUACGGUGACGACGGCUCUGAGAAGAGCACCGGCAGCUUCAUCCCCUACUGCUCCAUGGCACAAGCCCAGCUCUGUUUCCAUGGACACCGCGAUGCUGUCAAGUUCUUCGUCUCCGUACCCGGCAAUGUUCUGGCCACGUUAAACGGCAGUGUGCUGGACAGUCCGUCGGAGGGGCAGGGCUCAACAGCGCCCCAAGAGACGGAGGCCCAGAGUGUUCAAAAUGUAUUGGUGCUUAGCGGAGGAGAGGGCUACAUCGACUUCCGUAUAGGAGAUGGAGAGGAUGAUGAGACAGAGGAAGGAAACAACGGUGGAACUUCGCAGAUAAAACCUGCUUUGUGUAAAGCAGAGCGGAGCCACAUCAUCGUCUGGCAGGUGUCUUACAUACCUGAGUGACACCUGAAUAUGCUUUAACACCCACACCCACUCAUCUCCUUAAAGAAAUCUCCUCCUGCCCCCCGAAAGCUUCCAGCCACCCAAACCUUGUAAUUAUCCCCGGUCAUGUAAAAGUUCCCCCUUGGCUCUAAAACGACCCUCCAAGCCGUGCAUCGUCCCCCUGUAACUAUUAUAUCCCCUCCUGCCCCGUCACCUUGUAACUUAAAUGCCUUGUAAGUACUUCCUCUGAUCUAGUAAUCUGCCUGCCAUCCUGUUUCUGUCCCAUCCAGGGCACUGUAACUAUCUUCAUGAGCCUUGUAACCCAGCCUCAUAACUACCUCCCUCCUCUGUAUCGAUCUUAUAUUCACCCUGUAAGCACACUGUAUCUCCUCCUAUAUUUACCUCAAUUGUCCUGCAUCUGCCCCAGAGUUACUCCUCCUCCUCUCCCUCCACUUAGUUUGUCAUCUGUGAAGCCUCCACCUCAUCUUAAAGCAAAGCCCCAACUUGCAUAAAAAAAAAAACAACAAGAAUGGCAGGUAAAGAAAUGUGAAUGACAUCACUGACUUGCAUUUCCACCAGAAAUAUGUCUGAUUUUCCCAACAGCCAAUCAGCGAUCCAUAACCAUUGUACACCAUAUGUUUAAACAGAGUUAACGGAUGCAGGUGUUUACAGAUCGACGCCGUCUUUGACAGUGUGUGUGAGUGAAAUCCGAUGAGAGCAUACAGAAGUGUUGUUUUGGCUUUAAGAUUGUAGUUGUUGGGAAACGAGUUUGGGUCACAAAGUCGUCAGGUCAAAUUCAGCACAGACGUCUGGGCCUUUUUGGCCAUUACCUUCAAUAUUUCGCAUCCAAUCUGACGUUGGCUCAUUGUCCACCCUGAUUUUAAGUAAAAAACACACCCCAAAAUCAUAAAUAUCUGGUGCAGCUGCCUGGUGUAAAUCAAAGAGUCAUGUUGGAGUCGUGUGAACAGUCAGAGGGGUUUUGCUCAAUGUGUCAAAGGUUCAGUCCGAGACUAAUUUCUCUCAUCUGACUGGCUGUUGAUCAGACGGUUCGUUGUGAAGCAGGUGAACAGUGAUGUGUUGUCAUUAUGUGUACCGGGAUUAUUGUAAAUCUCCAGACACACUGAAGCCCAUCCUCUUUGUUCAGUAUGGAAAUUCAUGCAUUGAUCUCUAUCUGUGUGGAUUAUAUUAAACAUAUUUGUGUGCUGAAAAACGUA